UGAACCGCGCAAAGGCCCUGGGUACGAGGUUGGUUUAGUCCCAGGGGCGUUUCUCCUGCACUAAUUCUUGAAUUCUUGGAAACUUGAAAUUCCGGAAGUGGAAACAAUUCAUAAAAUAUUCAAAAUGGUGUCAAAUCACUUCAGCAGAGCUGAUGUUUUUUACAGACGAAUUAUAAGAAAUACCUUUUUUGCCAAAGGAUGGGGGAGUUUAGAAACGUACAGAGGUUUACAAAGAUUAAAACGAGACCUGUUUAACGCAGAAAAAUUUAAAGAAAUUGUCCUGAGCGAGAGUGUAAGAAUCGAUAAAGUGAAAGAAUCGUCAAAACAGGACUCAUUUUCGAUCCUAGAUGGGCAUUUUGUGUCCCCUUUAGCGAAAUAUUACCCAGGGUUGCUACCGAAAGAAAGCGAAAUAGCUUAUUUCCAAGCUGUUAUUCCAAAGAAGCACGGUAGCAAUGGAAAACAGGCCAUGUGCAUUCAGCUUGCUGGUACAGGCGAUCAUCACUUUUGGCGAAGACGAAAUCUGGUUGCAAAACCACUGAUCAAAGAAAAUUCAAUCGGGUCUAUCCUUCUUGUCAAUCCGUUUUACGGAUCCCGUAGGCCGAAAACGCAAACGAGAUCAAGCUUGAAUCAUGUCGUUGAUUUGUUGUUAAUGGGCUGUGCCCUGAUCAUUGAGACAUCGGUGUUAUUGAAUUGGUGCGAAGACCAAGGAUUCGGGCCGCUGGCUGUGACGGGCGUGUCGAUGGGUGGGCACAUGGCGUCUCUCGCAGGAACAUUUGUUCCCAAACCUGUGGCAAUUAUUCCGUGUUUAGCAUGUACAACAGCAUCGCCUGUUUAUACGAAGGUGUGUGGGCGUGUGUGUAUGAAUUGAUGAUAGAUGCAGGGCAAAGGUCAUAUUGACGUAUCUGACCCAACCCUUUGUCUCGGCAUUUGCCAAAGCAUAUUGAUUAUUGAGACUGUUCUUACUUGUCUUCGCAAAAAAAAUCCCCAAUUUUGCCGAGGUAAAAAUAUAGGCCAAUUAUGAGGGCUGACCCUUUAAAUAUAUGGCUAUUUCUUUUAGCUGUUAUCCACAGUCAUUUGGGCUAUAUUUGGAAUUACUGGGAAAAUAUACUUACUAUGUUGACAAGUCUUUGAUAGCUAGGCUAAAAGAAAAUUGCUAACAUCCCUUCGACAUUGGAAAAAUUAAUUAUAAAUACGGAAUACACAUGCAAAAGCAGUGUUUCCACUUUUUAAGUUUUAAAUUUCCUUCAAAUUGCGAUAAAAAUUUAAGGAAAUUUGAAAUCACAAAAGUUGUAAAAAGCCCAAUUUUGUUAUUUAUUUCGGUGUAUUCUCUAAUUCCAGACAAUUUUACUUGUGGAAAUUUUGACAAGAUGUUUUUUUUAAAUUUAAUAAAAAGUUUCUUUCUAAACUUUAGGGUGUGUUGAGUAAUGCUAUUGCCUGGCCUGUAUUGGAAAAACAACUUGAAGAUACAGCCUUUCUCGAAGAACUUGAACAUAUCUGUCGUAUGAUUGAAUCAGAUGGCUUGAAUGCUAGAAAUCCUGCUGGUCUGAAUUUGUCAGCUUUUUCACAAGAACUAACAAACGUUAUGAACAAUCCUGUGAAUUUGACGUCAAAGUCCGAACUGGAUUUUGGUAUGCUGCAUGCAAGCACAGUUAGCAGCGAUCGAACGAUGUACAACAACUGUGAAUCAGUCUCCUUUGAAAUGCUUGCAAAGUCUUUUAAGACACAGCUUGAGAAUAAUAUCAAGAACAAAAUACCAAAAGAUAUCUCCAUUUUAAGCUCGAUUCUUCGGAAUUCCAAGGAACCAAUGAAAUACGAGAAGGCAAUGAACUUCAUAACAUAUUUGUUGGAUAUAACCACUCAUUUGGCUUACUACAAGAAACCUGUAGAUCCAAGCUUAGCAGUUUUUGUUCAAGCUCAGUUUGAUGGUUAUAUUCCAAACAUGGAUUGUCCAUCUCCAUUAGAGAUGUGGCCAGGCUGUCAAGUACAGUAUGUCGACUCCGGACACAUAUUCGCCGCUCUGUAUAAGCAAGAUGUAUUCAGAAAAAUAAUUGCUGAAACACUAGACAAAUUCUGACAAGUAGUAUGGACAACACAUUUAGGUUUAAUUUAUUGAUAUGUAAUAUUUAUCAAAGUGCUUACCCAAAUAUUAUUGAAUUUUUAAAAAUAUUGCUUUUUCACUAUUUAAGUUUUUAAUACA